GACUACUUCAUCAAUUAAUAACAACAUGGAAUCCACAAUACCAACAAUAUUAUCCGGUAGUGAAGUUCCAACAGGAGGGAUAUCAACAACACCUUCGACAAUGCCUUCUUUACUAGACAAUAAGGGUACAGAUGCACCAACACCUGCCUCGACAGACGUUACAACAGACUCGGCCACAAACUUGACGACAAAUGCUCCAUCAAACGCGACAACAGACGCACCAACAGAUGACCCAGUAUUGAACAUCACAGAGACACCAACUGCUGCUCCGACCCACAAUUUCACGAUGUAUACGAUCGACGACUUUUUGGCCGAAACAAUCUCACAUAACGGGGCAUUAUACGAUGUGGGCACUCCGCAGAACAAAGCAAUGGAAGCACUACUGAACACGUCUUCCGCACUCGAUCCAAAUAGUGUAAAUGACCAAAUCGAGAUUAUUCAACGGUACGCUCUCAAUACGCUAUACUUUGCGACAAAUGGGGAGGAUUGGGAGGUAAACGAUGGCUGGACGUCAGAAGGUCACCCCUGCGGAUUCAAAAACGAAAACGAGGAAGCCGAAGACAACUGGCAUGGGAUUUUGUGCGACGAUGAUCUAAUAAUUGUCGAGAAAAUAACACUAGAAAAGAACGGACUAAGAGGGAUGGUGCCCUCAGAGAUAAAGGGACUGGUUCAAUUGGUACGGUUCGACGUUUCAGACAAUCAAAUCAGCGGGACUCUCACUCCCGCUAUUGGAGAGCUCGAGGAUCUUUCUGUACUGGAUAUCAAUACUAACUUUUUCACGGGAACAAUCCCUACAACUAUUGGAAAUUUGACUUCGAUAAAGUUAUUGGAUGCUUCCUCCAACUUUUUUUCUGGGACGUUGGCGACAGAAGUCGGUCAACUGAAGGAUCUGGUCACGUUUCAUGUAGAUUCGAAUUUUUUGAGUGGCACCUUAUCUUCGGAACUCUUCUCAAUGACUGAUUUAGGUAAGUUUUUCGAAUACUCCUUGAGUUGUCCGACGAUAAAUUGUCUUGCCAUCUUUUCUAAUCUACAUACUUUCUUAUUUCGCGCAGUGUCUAUACGCAUGGACAACAACCAGUUUUCUGGUUCCUUUCCUACAGAAAUCGGCCAACUCUCUAAAGCAAUUUUCAUGUCAUUUUCACAGAACUCACUAACUGGAACAAUCCCGGAAGAGUUAGGGUUGAAUGGAGAUCUUGAAUUCUUUAACGCCACGGCGAAUUUCAUCGGAGGUCGACUUCCAGAUAUCUUCGAAGACUUGUUUUACUUAAAAACAUUCGAUAUGGCGCUGAAUUUCUUGACAGGGAGCCUUCCUGAAACGUUUUUCGCGAACUCUUCCGUGUUGGAAAGACUAGAUCUCCAUGGAAAUACUCUCGGGGAAGAAUUGUUUCUACAAGAUGGCCUUGGUCAGAUGACCACAUUACAGGUGUUGGAUCUUUCGACGAACCUUUUCUUAGGGACUAUUCCGCAAGCGAUAGGUGAAAUGACAAAACUAACCGAGUUGCGAUUGGACAAGAAUUUGUUGACUGGUGCAGUUCCUGCGAACUUAUCACAGCUAAGCGAUAUCGAAAUAUUGUCGUUGUCUGAAAAUAUUCUUACGACCCUCCCACCUGACUUGACAGACCUUUUCAGGCUCAAGGAGCUACAGUUGAGUACCAACUACUUCGAAGAGAUACCAAAGGAAUAUUUCAAUGACUUUCCGAGCCUUGGUGAGAAUUUUAAAUUGAGGAGUUUUUACUUGCAACAUUGAUUGAUCUUCCUAUGCUGACAUCUCUUUCGUCAUUUUUUCAUUUUCUGGUGUAAAGAAAUAUUAAAUGUUUCAAGAAAUGAAUUUGAAGUAGAUACUUUACCUGAUGUAUUCCUUUCAAAAUCUCUGAAAAUAAUGGACUUGAGCUUCAACAACUUAAAUGCAACGUUCAAUAUUUCGACAUUGUUGGGUCUUGACCAAGUCGAGAACUUGCAUAUGGCUGAUUGCUCGAUCUCUUCAAGUCUCCCUGACGAGAUCAGUACUUUGCAAUCGUUAGUGACAAUCGAUAGUGACAAUCGAUUUUGACAGCAACGAUUUAUCAGGAACCAUUCCUUCUUCUCUUGCUGAGAUCCUUACCUUGGAGAAUAUAAUGUUUGGAUCAAA